AUGUCAUCUUCACCUCAAAACAAUAAUAAUAAUCAUACUAAUGGUAAAACUUCACCAUCAUUUAUAAAGAAUAAUAAUUCAAGUUGUGGAACCAGUCCGAUUAACCCACCCAUUGGAUUACAAUCAUUUCUUGUACAACAAAAGAAUCCAUUGAUAACAUCGACGACGACGACUACGACUACGACUACGACCACCCACAAAACACAAUCGUUGACUACACCGCCGGCAUCACCACAUCACCUACACCCGUACAGCCCCUACUACCAGCAGUCGACAGCACCCCCACCCAUCCUCGGCCAACCACCUCCAGUCCCACUCCAGCAAUCAAAGUCACAGCCCUUUUCGGCAUCACCGUCACCGGCCAGUCCCAGCAACAGCAGAUCACUGCCCAAUAUCCCGCAGACCGGCUCACCCAGCUAUCCACCACCCUCUACCAAAAAACGAGGCUCACAACAACCCCUAUUCAACAUUUCACCACGAAGCAACAGUAGUACAAGUAUUAGUAGCAGUUCUGCAUCUACCACUAGCGCAUUUAAUUCACCUUGUACAUCUCAACCAACUACACCCAAAGGCAACACAAAUAAUAUUCAAACUCCAGCAACCAACAGCACAUAUAGUACAAGUGGUAGCAAUUCAUAUAAAGUCACAACUACAGCAUACAAUAUCCGUAACCAAUACCUAAAACAAGCAAGCAUGUCAGAAUUAUCAGGAGGCGAGAAACGAUUUGUCUUUGAACUCGAAGGCAGAGAACCAGACUUUGUGCUCUGGGUCAAAAAGACCAACAAAAAGGAUGUCAUCCAAGACCGUCUCUUUGUGCUCACAGCAUACCGUGUCUACUCGAUCAAACGUACCAAGAUGGGUAAAAAGCAGGUACAACGUCAAGGACAUCUCUACGAUUUGGUCGAAAUCAAGACCGACGACAUUGACCAUGUCAUUUUGAAAUUUACAACCUUUACCAUCGACAUUACCGGCACUGGAACCGGUAUCACCAUCCCAAAGAUCCUAAUGAAUGCUUUCCAUAAAAUUAGUUUUACUUUUUCUUUGGAAGCUUCUCCUUCACUUAUCAUUUUACCUGUUGAAAGAGCUACUCCUGAAAUUGAUCAUAUUGAACCAGGAUUUGGACAUGGAUUUGUUGAAGUUUAUAAAGCACAAUGUAAUUAUUAUGGAACUUUGGAGAAUGCAGAUUUGAUUCAAUUUUUAGAGGAUACAGUGAUCAAUGGAAGUAGAGUAUUUUGUUUGGAUGAUUUCUCGGGUAUUGAUAAGCAAUCAGAGAAUGCAUUGGCAAUGAUUCCCGUGAUGGCUGCGUUACGUCAUAAUACAUUUUUUGACACUUUUAUCUGUCACAACAAGAGUCGCAAGGAAUUGCCAGCUUUGUUGGCCGAUGUUUUGCACCAUAACAAGACUAUUGUACGUGCCGAUCUAUCGGGCAUGGAAGCUGAAGAUGGAUGGGUGCAAUUGGGUGACGCUAUCCGUGACAACCAAUCCAACGAACUAAAAAAGGCCGGUAUGACGGCCAUCAUCCAAGCACUCGAGGAAAACACCACACUCAAGUGCAUCGACCUGUCCAACAACAUCAAGACGGGCAGCAAGGCCGAAGCAGUCAUUGACCACUUGGCCCGCGUCGUCUCCAAGCACGCAUCACUCGAGCGUCUCACUCUUGCCGGUAAAGACAGCCGUGGGUUCUACCUCGGCAAGGAGAUCCAGCCACUUGUCAAGGCAAUGAACGAAGACUGUCGUUUGGUCGAGCUCGACAUUAGCGGCAACUCGAUGGGCGAUGAUUUGUGUCGUGAACUAUUCGAGUCACUUAAAAAGAACGUCUCGGUGCGUAUCCUCAACAUUGACAACAACUGUAUCGGUCUUGCCGGUUUCCAAGCCAUGAAACGUUGUUUCACCACCAACCGUACACUCGUCGAUAUCCCAGUACCAACACGUGACAUUACCAAACUGCUCGGUAGUUCCAAAGACAAGAAGCAAACCAACGACCGUAUCGGCGAGAUACUCAACGAUGUCUCUACCUGUCUUGCCAACAACAAGAAUGGUGUCGCCUAUCAAGAUGUCCCAUCCUCUACCAAAACAACCAUAUCAGUCAGCUCUUCAACUCCAAGUUUCCGUGCCACCACCUACACCUCUAAUCUCAGUACCUCCAUGUCUAACCUUGGAGGAAAUGAUCCUUAUCAAUCACCUCCCCCACCACCUCCACAACAACAAUCCAGUUAUGGAUACCAAUCAUCGGGUUCCAGUGCAAGUGGCGGUUCAUUUUACCAACCACCUCCACCACCACCACUUGUUGUUAAUCCUCCUCCACCCCUCACCGCGCCAUCUUAUCAUCAACCACCUCCUCCUGCAGCAGCAAUUCAAUCUUAUGAUUCAUAUGAUAAUAAUAAUACAUACCAAGAUAACAAUACAUACGAAAAUAAUCAUUAUGAUGAUCAUAAUCAACAACAUUAUGAUGACACUCAACAACAUUAUGAUCAAGAACAUACAGAAACAACAGCAGUUGAUGGUGGAGAUUAUAAUUAUGAUCAUAAUAAUGGAGCUGGUGGUGAUUAUAGCUAUGAUCAACAACAACAAAAUGGUGCAAGUGAAAAUACCUAUGAUGAAAAUAAUUAUGAUCAAUCAGAAUAUCAAUCCGAAUAUCAAUAA